AGUCGAUCGUCAGUACUAAUACUUUCCCUAUGGAUUCCCAUGGUGUGAUAUCCUCUCCACCCGCAGCACAUCCCCCACGUCGCUGCCUGAGGACGACCAGUUGGGCACCCCGAUAAGCCCUCACGUGACGCUAUCACAUCCCACUUUGACAAUUUUUUUGCUCCCAAGGUCCAUACAAUAUCAACCCACUCAGGCUGAAAAUCUUCAUUCCAGCUGUCCACACCGAUCGCAGUCGCCAAAAUGCCUCCCCGCAAGCAGUGGAUCGAUAAAAAGAAUGCAACCACAUACCAACUCUUCCACCGAGCCCAAAAUGACCCCCUGAUCCACGACUCCUCAGCCGAUGACCGUGUUUUGGCCCCGGUGUCAGGCCCCGCAACAGGUAGCUCUACCAUCGAAGCCCGCGGCAAGAACCUCUCGGAUCUAGCCAGUGAAUUCGGCGCGGAGCCCGUCCGGAGAAACGAAGGUGAAGCAGCGAACUACGGUAUCUUCUACGACGACUCGAAAUAUGAUUACAUGCAACAUUUGCGCGAGCUGGGCACCGGUGGCGGUGAUUCGUAUUUCGUGGAGGCCAAGAGCAAGGACAAGGGCAAGGCUAAGGGGAUGAAGCUGGAAGAUGCUCUGCGACAAGUCACUCUGGACGAUGCGAGAAGCGAGUAUGGCCCAGGAAGCGUCUACGGAUCGGAUAUGCGUUCGACUGCCUCGUCGUAUGUCCGGCAACCGACCUACCAGGAUCAGCAGAAUGUGCCUGAUGCAAUUGCGGGAUUCCAGCCUGAUAUGGACCCCCGUCUGCGGGAAGUACUGGAGGCUCUUGAGGAUGAGGAAUUUGUCGACGAAAACGACGAGGAUGAUGUGUUUGGCAAAUUAACCUCUCAGGCGGAGGAGAUAGACCAGGGCGAUUGGGAGGAUACGUUGUUUGACGAGGAAGAUGAUGAUGGGUGGGAGUCUGAUGCUACUGAGAAGGCUCCCGUGCAGCCCAGCACAACCGACUACAAACCACCGCAGAGGGACGAGGUCGCCCAGAAUAAAUCCCAGGACGCUGAACCAGGUGAAUUGCCCGAUCACGACGCGCCGGCUCCGGAUAUGCACCCCGAGGACCAGGGAUGGAUGCGUGAGUUUGCUAAGUUCAAGAAGGAGGGUAAAGCGAAGGCAGCGCCGGCAGCACCGCCCAGUAUUGUGCCCUCGGAGCAACGAAGCACUCUUGCCUCCACUGUCUUCACAGUGGGUGGUACCCCCAUCCGCCGAAAGAAGCGUAAGGGUGCACUCACGAACCCUUCGGCAUACUCCAUGACCUCUUCCGCUCUGGCCCGGACGGAAGGGCACCGUCUGCUGGAUGACCGAUUUGACCGGGUGGAGGCACUCUACGCUCUUGACGAGGAAGAUGAGUACGAUGAUAGCAUGUCCAUGAUCAGCGGUAUGACCGGUAUGACCGGCAUGACCGGCUUCUCGACCGCCUCAUCGCAGGCUCCCAGCCUGAUUGACGCGAACGGAGCAGCUGUGGCUCCCCGCCAUGAUUUCAACAAUGUUAUGGAUGACUUCCUUGCGGGCUGGGACGGUAACACAAGCUCCCAAGUGAAGCGCAAGGGUGCCAAGGCAAAGAGAGGCAAGAAUGGUAACGAAGCAAUUGGAAUCAGAAUGUUGGACGAGAUCCGACAAGGAUUGGGCCCCGCCAAGAUGCCAGGAAAAGCCUCUGGACGGGCGUAAUGCUUCAACGAAUUGUGAUGAUACCUUUCAAUUUCUUUAGAAUACGGUUUCUGGCGUCCCGGUCUCAAAUGCCCUUAUGUUGCAUGAUAGAUGUCCAUUUUUUUCGGCUAGUUAAAAGUUUUCCAACUACCACAUAGUACAUACUUGGUUUACUUGAUAGGAAUCAAUUAACCUUCUGACACAUCUUUCUUGUUUAUCACUUCGUGUUCAUAAGCAGAUACAUUAUAGAACUCAACCUUUGCAGCGGGUGAACGCACAGGAUCCUGCUACCUUCACGUUCAA